AUGUCAUAAUUAUUGGAUUCAGUCUUAAGACAAUAAAAAUAGAGGAAGUAAGUAUUUUUUAUAUUAAGAGUCAAACAGUCAAAGGAAUUUUAAAAUUUCGUUAAGACUUUACAAUACCACACUGUGAUAACAAUAGUGAAGACGCCUCUUUUGAACCGAAUGUGUGUUCAAAUAGAAAAAUCGAAUUAUAAUUGCCAGAAAAAUAGUCUUUUAAAGGUGAUUGCUUAAGUCCAGAACCUGAUUAAGAUGAAGAAAGUAGAAGCAUGCUACAUGUAGAAACUAAAUAAAAAGUAAAUCUGUGGGUUCAUGGAGGAUUAAGAAUAAUGUUCUACAUAACUAAAUUUAGUAAGUAAAUGAAAACCUAUUCAACAGAAGUAAAGUUCAAGUCAUUAACAAAUUAAAUUGUAUUUUUGAUCUCUGAUGCUGCUAGUGAUGCAGAUAUUUUACUGCAUAAAUUAAAUAAAGUUGAAUAAGUAAUGCAAUCCUUUAAGUGGUUUAUAAAUUAAAUACCUGUGCUUGAUCCUGACUCUGUAAUAAAAGUAUUUUGGGAUAUAUUUGUUUUAACACAGAUCAUUAUAAAUAUCUUCUAUAUUCCUAUGAAAUUAGGGUUUGACUUUGAAAGAGAAGAUUUAUUGACUGGAAUAUUUUUAGAAACUUUACCUUCUUGGACAUUUGUAAUGGAUAUAAUUUUGACAUUUUUCACUGCCUAUUAUAGUUAAGGGCAAAUCCAUAGAGAUAAAUAAUAAAUUCUUAAGCAUUAUGCAAAUUCAACAUUAUUAUGGGAUUUAAUGAUCGUUAUACCAUUUAUUUUAUCCUCUUAUGCAGUACCUUAUACAGAAUAUAUAUUAUUACUUAGAGUAACAAAAGUUAAAUCUAUGAUUGAAACUAUUGAAGAGGUUACAAAUCCAUCUAAUAAUGUUUAAACAAUUUUAGAAUUAUUCAAAUCUAUAUUCUUAGUUUUAUUUGUAUCUCAUUUUUGUGCUUGUUUAUGGAAUUUAAUAGGAGAGAUGGAAUUAGAUUCAGGAUAAAAUUCUUGGUUGAUUGCCAAAAAUAUUACAUAAGCAGAAUGGUCAACUAAAUAUAUUCAUGCUUUUUAUUUUAGUACAAUCACUACUUUAACAAUUGGUUAUGGUGAUAUUGUUCCAUAAACAGAUGUUGAAAGAAUUUAUGUUAUAAUAAUGGCAAUGGUUAUUUGUGGAUUGUUUGGUUAUACUAUAUCUAGUAUUGGAAAUAUAUUAAAAUAACUAACUGAAAAAGAAUAAUUAUUUAAAUAAUAAAUGAUGCAUAUCAAUGGUUUUUUAAAGAAAAAGAAAAUUAAUAAAUAAUUAAUGUUAUAAGUUAGAAAAUAUUUUGAAUAUUUUUUGAAAAUGGAAUAAGAAUAUAAUGAAUUUGGAGAAAAAAUGAUGCAUAAUUUAGAUAAGAAAUUAAAAGAAUAAGUUGCAAUAGAUAUGUAUUGUGAAAUGUUAAAAAAAUCAAGACUUAUCAAAUAGACUUUAUCUUUAAAAAGUGUAUAAAAAUUAUGUUCUUUUGUACAUGAAAUAAAAGUACCACCUGAAGAGAUUAUUGCUUAUUAAAAUGAAUAAGCAAAUAAAUUAAUAUUCCUCUAAAGUGGAGAAUUAAGUUUAAUUUGUAUUUAUAAAUUCUUAAUUUAUAGGUGAUUAAAAAUUAAGGGAAACAAUUUUGACAAAAAUAGAGAAAGGAAAAUUUGUAGGAGAAAAGGAAUUUAUAACAUAAGCAAGAUAUGAAUAUACAAUUAGAUCAGUUAAAUUUUGUCAAAUUGCAUUUAUAAAGUAAUAAAUUAUAUAUAAGUUUUAGUUAUGAUGAUUUCUUAAGAAUUAUUAGAGAAGAUUCAUUAGAAGAAGAAAAUUAUUGUAUGCUUAGAGAUUAAAUGUUGUUUACAGAAGAAAAAUAAAACUAUGGUGAAGUCUGUUAUAUAUGUAAAUGGACACAUUAAUUUAAAAAGUAUAUUUAUAUACAUUAAAUUUAGAUGCCCAUUAGUUUUUGUUCAUUUUAAUUAAGAUAGAAUUAGAAAGAAGUUUAUGAUAUCAGAAGAUAUGAAUAGAAAAUAAUAUGAGAGAGAAUUUGUGAAAAAAUAAUUUUAAAGAAAUAUAAUAAGAGAACAUGCUUUAGCAUUAAUUGUAAAUGAUAAUAUGAUUGCAAUUGAUGAUUUAACUGAUUAAUAUUUAGAUACAUUAGGAUUUAAUAUGGAUGAUGAUGAAAAUGAAAGACUAAUUAAAACAAUUAAAAGUCAAAAAUCUAGUAAAUCUGUACAUAGAGGACUUACAGGUUUUGAAUAAUUUAGUAGUGACUCUUCUGAAAGUGCUCAUGAUUCAGAUGUCUAAUUAAAUAAAACUAAAACACCUAAAUCAUCUAGAUAUAAUCAUUUAUAAAGUAUGGAAUAAAAGAAAGUCAAAUUUUAAGAAAUCUCUGAACCUGAACCUAAAGUUUUAAGAGCAUAAAAUUCAUUUAAAAGAAAAGCAGAUAACAGACAUAAAACCUUUUAAAGGUUAACCAGAAUAUCAAACAAUAGAUUUACUAAUAUUUCUUAAAUUUCUUAGGAAUAAAAUUUUCAAAGUCAAUCAGUCUAAAAUUCUAGCAUGUAAAAAUUACGUAAAAAUAAUUCUAAUUCAUAUUCUAAUAUGGAUUUAGAAUUACCAACUAAAACUUAAUCAAAAUUGGAAAUUGUAGGAAGUAAUAUCAUUAAUUAAUUGGAUGAAGUUCUUACUCCUAAGUAAGGUGAUAACUAAUAUCAAAGAAUUGAUUUUGAAUUAGACAGGUAUUUCAUAACCACAUAUUACUUUACAAAUUCCAAUCUCGAUAAGAUUCUAUAAAAACUUAAAAAACCUAAAAAAACAUUAAGAUCAGAUCACAUAUAAAGCAUUAUUAGAAAAUCAAAGAUUAAACCCAGCCUUUAUAGUCCUGUAUAAAAAUGA